CUCCCUCUCUCGUUUUAUUUAUGUAACAUAGAUAUCACAAUCACCUUGCUUCAUCCCCUCCAACAUUUUCUAUCAUUAUUCGUUAUGUACCUACACGCAAAAGUAUUUAGGUAUGAAGUAAAUGAAGUGAUCAAUCGAAAUUUUAAGCGUGAUAAUCAGAAUUAGAUAAUCAACUUGUUGCUAACUGCUAUGGUUCUUUAGAUAAUUCUCGAAAAAUGAGUCACAGCCAUUACAGCCAGCAAUUCAGCAGUAGGAUCCUUGGUGCGACGCCGCGUAGUGAUCUAUCUGCAACUCCUCGUAGUGACCUGUCUGCGCUUACCAGUGGGGGUCGCUCCCCGAGUGCCACUGGUGGCCCUCGUUCGCCUACUGGUGCUGCAACGGCCUCUCCUGGAGGUCGUGCUCCAUCUGCUGCAACUGCCUCUCCUGGAGGUCGUGCUCCAUUGCAGCCGCCUAUUUUCGAGCCGGCGGCGAGUCCAACU